GUGAGGCACGGCAAGGGGAAGAACACGGUGGACGGCAAGUGGACGUACGAGGGCGACUGGGUCCAGGACAAAAUGGAGGGCAAGGGCACCUUCACGUACAAGUCCGGGGCGAGCUACGACGGCGACUGGGUGGCCAACAAGUACCACGGCCAGGGCACCUACACCUGGCCGGACGGGACCAAGUACGUGGGUACGUGGGUCGACAACGCGAUGCACGGGCAGGGGACGUACACGGACAAGGACGGACGGGAGUGGGUCGGGGAAUUCUACAACAACGACGGCCCGGGCCUC